AGUUGAAUUAAUCAAUCACACCAUGCAAUGGCACACGUAAUCCAUCCAUCUCCGUCGAUGGGUCGCUCGAGCCGACCAAUCAACGUGAAGGAGUGACUAGGUUAGGCACCGCGUGACACACGAGGCCGUGACAUCCGGCGACGUCGAUCGAUCCACGGACCCCAGCUUUCGUGCAGCCCCGGUGAUUGUAUAUGACUUGCACGCUAAUCCUCAACCGCCGUGCCGUGGAUCUAUAUAUUCUGUAGCCACAUGUCGGCAUGUGAUGGUACUGUUUUUGUUUUCACCGUCGAAUUCUUCUGUGUCAAAGGAUGAUGAACACGUACAUAGGGCAGGAAUGGAGUGGACACGCACGGAUGGACUUAUGUGGGUUUGGAAUAUGAAUGAAUGGAUGAAUGAUCAUGCAUGACGAUCGACUUUCUGCCUAAUCAACUUUGCGGAGGAAUACUUACUGAAAGAAAGAGAAAUGUUAAAGCUACGCACUGUACGUACUGGACGCGUCCUGCGUACUCUACAAUGAGUGCCGAAAGAGAAAGGGGCCGGAGGCAGGCAGGCAGUACGUACCCGGCUACCUGUACGAGACGAAAUCUACAGCAAGCGGUAGGACAUCACUACUGGCUAUGAUGAACCAAGAACACGGAACUUUUGAUCUUGAAGAAUUGGCAUCCUUGCUCCACCACGAAAUCUGAUCUUUAGUAUUUUAAAAAGUAAAUAACACAAGAGAGAUGUACAAAAAAUCAAUCAAAUACUAGCAACACCUCCAUUACUACUAUAGUGAGAGCAGCGAUGCAAGUGAGCAACCCCCUCCUUUCAAGUUUCAACCACUCUCGCUCUCCCCCAUGUCACCCACAUAUUUAUAUACACGCAGAGGCACGGAUGUCAGACGACAUACGCGCAUGAGCUAGCCAGUGUCCGUCUGAUACAGGCCGCCAUAUACAGGUGCAGCUUCACGCCAGCAGCCGCCGGCGUCUGCCUUCAGAGUUCAGACCGAUCGCCGGGGCCAUGGAGGAGGACUACGUGUUCAAGGUGGUGGUGAUCGGCGACUCGGGGGUGGGGAAGACGCAGCUGCUGGGGCGCUUCACGCGGGGCGAGUUCUGCCUCGACUCCAAGUCCACCAUCGGCAUCGAGUUCCAGACGCGCACCGUCGACAUCGCCGGCCGCCGCGUCAAGGCCCAGAUAUGGGACACCGCCGGCCAGGAGCGCUACCGGGCCGUCACCAGCGCCUACUACCGGGGCGCGCUGGGCGCCAUGCUCGUCUACGACGUCACGCGCCGGGACAGCUUCGCCCACGUCGCCCGCUGGGUCGCCGAGCUCCGCGCCCACGCCGACAAGUCCAUCGUCGUCGCGCUCGUCGGCAACAAGGCCGACCUCGCCGCCGCUGCGCCGGGGCGCCGCGAGGUGGGGGCCGACGAGGCCGAGGCCUUCGCGGAGGAGCAGGGGCUCUUCUUCUACGAGGCGUCCGCGCUCAGCGGCGACAACGUCGAGGCCGCCUUCCUCGGCCUGCUCGAGGAGAUCCACGCCACUGUGUCCAGGAAGCCGCUGGAGGCGGCCAGAGGCAACGGUGACGGCGACGACGACGUCCUGGUGCUCAAGGGCAUUUCUCUGUCUCAAGAGCUGUCCAUGAUGGAGACCAGCGCCAUGAAAACACCAAGCAGGUGCUCUUCAUGCUCGACGUGAUACGAUACGAUGCCAGAUGAUGUAUUCAGCGAUUAAUUAAUUCAUGGCUGGAAGACACCAAGCGUCUCAAAUCGUUCAUGAAACCAGCGCCAUGAAGACGCCAAGCAGGUAGCUCAUGGCUGAUAGACUCAGCAGCUCUUAAUAAACACAAGCGUCGCUGAUCGUUUA